GAUGCUUGCACAUCCGGGUCAAGGGUGGCUCCUUUUCCAGUUUAGCAAGUUGCAGUUGGGGGCUAACUCCUUCUGCACUUCGAAGUCUCCCAGCCCCUCAACACGAAUCGUCCUGACCGAUUUUUCCCAAAUCUCCUUCGCUAGUUUAUAGGGAUUUACCGCUGUAAUUAUACACAGAGUACUGAAAUAUGCCCUUGUAGUUUUUGUUAGACUCUUCAGACUCGAGAGCAUGGGUCCCAAGAGGAGGACAAAGUUUAAUGAGGAAUACACCAGAGAGUUCCCAUCCAUCAAGCGGGGGCGCACCGAAUUCGAAGCCACAUGCGUUCUGUGCAAUGCUUCUUUUUCCAUAUCACAUGGUGGGCGAAAUGACAUAGCCUGUCACAUUGCAACCAUGAAGCAUGUGAAUGCUGCUGCAAGAUGUCCUCCAUCCACCGAACAGCAAACAUCAUUUUGUGCAUCAAACAGAUCGGAAGCACAUGAGGUUGCUAUAGCAGAGGCGACCUUUGCCUUUCACACUGUAAAGCAUCGCCAGUUGUAUAAUUCAGCAACAUGUACAAGCAAGCUGAUGUCGGAAAUGUCUGGGGACUCUAAAAUCGCUGAAACAUUUUCAAGUCUGGAAACCAAAACUGAGGCGGUGGUGAACAAUGUAAUUUCGCCUUGCAUUCAGUCUGAUUUAAAGGAAAGCCUUGACAAAUGUGGUUAUGUUGGUGUUAGUACAGAUACUAGCAACCAUAACUACCACAAGAUACUCCCAGUGAUUGUACAGUACUUUGACAAAGAGGAGGGUGUUCAGUCAAAGCUUUUGGAAUUGGUGGAAUUGCAGAAUGAAAAUGCUGACACUGUUUCAGAAUACCUUCACAGUGUUGUUGUACGUCAUGGAAUUGAUGGGAAAAUUAGCUCAUUUGGGGGAGACAACACAAAUACCAAUUUUGAAGGUUUGGCAAGGAAAGGGAAAAACAAUGUUCUUACCAAAUUUCAAUGUAAGCUGGGAAGAACAAUUGUUGGAGUUGGGUGUCCUGCCCAUAUUUUGCACAACUCCAUACAAGCUGGAGCUGACCACCUUUCAAUUGAUGUUUACUCUAUCAUAGAGAAGGUGUAUAAUUACUUUUCUAUAUACGCUGUUAGGGUUGCAUCACUUAAGGAAUAUUGUGAGUUUGUGAAUGCAACAUACCAUGAUCUCUUGAAUCAUGUAAAAACUAGGUGGUUAAGUCUAUUUCCAGCAAUUGAGAGGUUCUUACAGAUGUUUGAACCACUGAAGUACUAUUUUUUGUCUCUGGAUAAAUGUCCAGUUCAUCUGCAAUCCUUUUUCUCCGAUGAAGCUGGGGAGGCCUAUUUUUGGUUCUUACGUUCACAAAUGAGUCUCUUUCAAAUAGCUAUAAGCAGAAUUGAGAGGAAAGACAUUUCUGUUAAUGAAGUCAGAAUGAUUUUAGAGGGUGUAAUUAAAACCUUGAACGAAAGACAUAGUCAAGCCUUUAUUUCGUCGAAGGUAAAGACUUUGUUAGCUGAUGUACCUGAAACAAGAGCUGUAAAAAUUAGAAAUGAAUGCAUGUCAUGUUAUGAAGAAACCAUCAGUUAUCUGUCAAAAUGGAGCGAGUCUCUCUCUGAACUCAAACAUUUUGAUUGGCUACUUUUGGAGAGAUCAGUUUCGUGGGAAGAGGUAGAAUGUACUUCUUUGUGGCUACAGAAAAAUAGCUAUUGUGAGAUUGAUGAAGCAAGGUUGUUUGAUCAGCUGACAAAACUGCAGUCAUUUCUAACUGAGAAUCUAACAGAUUCUGAUUUGGACAGUUUGGCACACAAGAGGUGGGUUUUAUUUUUUAAAAGCUGUGUUUCAGAAGAACAAUAUUAUGAGCUUCUGAAGAUAGUACAGUUUUACUUCUCUCUUCCAGGGCAUAAUGCCAAUGUAGAGAGAGUUUUAUCACUGAUGAAUGCCCAGUGGACUGAUGAGAGAAAUAGAUUAGCUUUGCCAUCUCUUUCGGCCAUUCUGGAUAUACAGUACAACAUGGCUAAUGUAAGUUGCUCUGAUUUUUACAAACUCAUGAGCAGUGAAGAAAAGUCAAAGUACCUUGACCAAAUACACACUCCUGAGGAGUACAGUUGGUGCAAGAAACCUAAAACUGAAGGGGAACUCACUUAUGAAACCACCGUGAUAUGUUAAAUAUGCAAUACAGCCAUGUGUUUACCCUGUUAACUGUUAAACCCAAAGGGUUUGUUUAUGGAAUAAGCAACUGAAAUAUGUAAGAAGCUAUUUUAGAUAUAGCCAUGUUAAAUGUUAAAACCAUCUUAACUAUUAAAAUGUGGUGUGUGUUUUUGGGUAAAACUGAAAUUUACAAUAAAGUAAGCCAUGUUAAAU